GCUGGUGUCCUUGAAAAUAAAGGCACGGUUGACAGCAGCCGUCUCCUCUUUCAGUUGGAGGGGGGCGGUUUAAGGGUGAAGGUGACGCAGGGGCUGUAUUUUUAUAAACCUUGCUGCCUGCCUGGAAUAAACCGCUAGGAAAACGCAGAUCUGCAUGGACCCAAAGACCGGAAAGCCCUCGAGCGGCCUCCUGUCGGAACUGGAGAAGUUGCAGAAGAUGACCGCAGAGCUGGCGGUUCCGGGCCGACUCGUCCUCGCGCCCCUGAACGCUGCACUGGAGCUCCUCACAAACUUCCUGGCCUGGGUUCUAGGGAGCGGCCCGGUCCGAAGGCAUUUCCACCUGGUGCUGUCCGGGCUGGUCGUCUUCGGGCCGGUUCUGAGCCUCUGGGUGUCCAAGUACAGUAUUUUUGCGAACAGCCACCACUACCUGUACAGGAAGUUCCUCAGGUCCACUUGGGGCUGGACCUGCACCCUCACCGGCUCCUUCCUCCUCCUCCUCUCCUUCUCGGCCCGUCGCUCCCCCUCUCUUUCCCUGCGCCACCUCUCCAGGAUUGGGUUGGCAGGCUUGCUGUGGUGGUGCUGUCUGCGCCUCCUGACCCUGCUGGAGGAUGCGUCGGGGGCCUGUUACGAACCCGUGGGCCCCGCCCAGGACGCCUCUUCAGCGCAGCCUCUCCUGCUCCUCCACGAAGACCAGACCAAAGCCUCGUGCCUCAGAGCCAACAUGGUGUGGCGAGGGUACGAGGUUUCCCAGGACACCCUCGUUCUGUGUCUGUGCUGCCUGCUCAUCGUGGAGGAAAUGUCCGUCUUCGGCCGUCACCUGGCCCAGGAGAAGCACCUCCACAGGUCGCCUGGGGCCCCAUUGAGACUCCUCUUCCUUUUUUGUGUAACCCUGCUCUUCAUAUGGAUGUUCUUGCUUUUGUGCGUGCUGGCGUACUUCCCCGCCUGGCCAUCCCAGCAGCUGGGCGGAGCGCUGGGCUACCUGGGCUGGAGGGGACUCUAUCAGGGGUGGUUCAGACUCCCACCGAGCUGGGGCUCACCUGGUUCACCAGGAGAGGAACUUUUUCCCUCCACAAGCUCCGACAGAGUUAAUCACACUUGACUUUCUACAAAUAAACAGCUGAAGGCUAA